CGGGAAGGUGUGACAUGAAAUGACAAUGGAGCUGACGCAAGUCGGGAAAGUGAAAGAGGUGUUUAUUUAGAAAAAGUAUCAGAAAUGUGAUUUUUCUUUACUUAAAACUAAAGCAAUUAUGAGGAGGCAAUAAUUCAUCUGUAACACUAAAAUCGGUUGCUUAGUAAAGAUGGAAUCUCCAUCUGGAAAAGAGAAUUUGAAAUCAAGUGUCUCCGAUGAAAAAGAGGAUAAGUCUGAAAAUGAUCUACUAGCUUCAAACGAGGGACAUAAAAUAGCAAACAGUAAACAUUCGUCGGAUAGUGAAUACGAAUCGGCAGAAGAAGAUCAAAACAUCGUAGAUGACGAGGGAGAGGAGAUCGAAGAGAUCCUUACAGAGGAGGUCAAAAAGGAAAGAAGAAGCGAAGCACAAGUACAGAAGGAGGAAGGGAAUGAUUUCUUCAAGAAGCAAGAAUACGAAUUGGCCAUUAAGUCAUACAGCCGUGCCAUCAAGUUAUGUCCAAAAGAUUUUGUCAAGGACAGGGCCAUUCUAUUCUCUAACAGGGCAGCAUGUCGGAUGAAAAAGAGUGAGAAUGAGGAAGCCAUCUUAGACAGUAACAAAGCCUUGGAGCUUCACCCUCAGUAUCUGAAGGCGUUGCUGCGGCGGGCGGAGCUAUAUGAGAAGGUGGACAAACUGGAGGAGGCGCUAGCGGACUACCAGAAGGUGGUGGAGAUGGACCCCUCACAACACCCAGCCCGGGCAGCAUGUUUGAGAUUACCAGAGCAGAUAAAAGAGAAAAACGAAAAGAUGAAAGAAGAAAUGAUUGGAAAACUGAAGGAGUUGGGUAACAUGGUGCUAAAGCCCUUUGGACUCUCUACAGAAAACUUUCAGCUGAAUCAGGACCCCAACUCGGGGGGCUACAAUAUCAACUUCAAGCAGGGCCCCUCUUCUUCCUGAUGAAUAGAUAGAAUGAUCUUUGUACUGUUGAACAGAAAUCCUAGUGCCCCGAUCCUGAUUGGGGUCAAUUUCAUGAUCAUGAUCAUUUGUGAAGAAUGUUUUACUUUCACAGAAUUGACACUAAUUGUAUUUUCAUUUGAUUUUAAAGUUUGUCUUUUUUAUACUUGUUAAUUGAUCAGCAACAGAAUCUGAGAGACGUGUUGUUAUUAUGUACAUGUAUGUGUAUUUGGUGAUUGAGUGACUGCUGAAAAUUAAUUCCUUUACUAAUUCUAUACAAACUUGAGUCUGCAUUGUAGUGCGUGUGUUACAGAUGGUGUGAAAAUCGUGAUAAUGAUAGUGACAAAGCUGUUUGUGUAUCCAAUCACUGGAAUGUUUGUGUAAUCGAAUGUUGUUCUGUGACUGGUCUGUAAGUAUGUUGUGGAAUGUUUGUGUAAUCGUAU